UUAAUGUGCCAACAAGAGAGGGAAUAGAGGAGAGAGUUCCCUGGUUUUUUGUCUCUCUCUACUCAUAGCAUAUUCCUAGAUUUAAGUAAAUCCUUCAACCCCUUUUGCACCAACAACUAAACAAAAAGUUGGGAAAUAACAAAGCAGAGUUUCUGAAAGCUAGCAGAGGAAAAAACAGACAAAAUCUGAUAAUUGUUUCACCAUUUAUUGUUUGUUUCUAAAUGUCAAAUAUAUCAGGAGAAGAAGGCAGUUUCUCUUCAGGAAACACUGGAGAAGAAUCCCAUAAAUUGCACACUUCAAAUAACAAUAUUUCCUCUGUUACUGCUAGCAAUGGUUCCAGCUCACAAUCCCAACUGCAUCAGAAUAAGCCGCCAGCUAAGAAGAAGAGAAAUCUUCCUGGGAAUCCUGAUCCAAAUGCAGAAGUCAUCGCGUUAUCACCAACAACCCUCAUGGCGACAAACAGAUUCGUCUGCGAGAUUUGCAACAAGGGAUUCCAAAGGGACCAGAAUUUGCAGUUGCAUAGGAGGGGGCACAAUCUCCCUUGGAAGCUCAGGCAAAGAACAACGACCGAAGUGAGGAAACGCGUUUAUAUAUGUCCAGAGCCAACUUGCGUGCACCACAAUCCAGCUCGUGCAUUGGGUGAUCUUACUGGUAUUAAGAAGCAUUAUAGCCGCAAACAUGGAGAAAAGAAAUGGAAAUGUGAUAAAUGUUCCAAGAAGUAUGCUGUGCAAUCUGACUGGAAGGCUCACCAGAAGACUUGUGGAACAAGAGAAUAUAAAUGUGACUGUGGUACCAUUUUCUCCAGGAGGGACAGCUUUAUCACCCAUAGAGCUUUUUGUGAUGCCUUGGCUGAAGAAAACAACAAAGUGAACCAAGGUCUAAUGAACAACAUGGAACCCCAAUUAAGUGGCCAAAUGAAUGACCUCAUGUCAUCCAAUGCUUCCUUGGGAUUAUCCGAAUUCAAUAACUUUGAUCCCAAAAACCCACUAAAGUCACUCCCUCAAGAACUUCUUCCCAUUCCAUUCAAGUCCAUGAACAAUAAUGUGGCUCAAGGUGGCAUGUUCUCGACCCCUUCAGGUAAUCUCUUUGGUAGCCCUAGAAGCGUAGCUUCAUCAUCCUCAGGACUUCAACUUAGCUCCAAUAUCCCAUCAAAUUUCAAUUAUCUACAAGACAGUGGCAAAAAUGGAUCGGCUCAAGGGCAAGGCCAACUUUCUGGAUCAACAGCUCCAAUGUCAGCAACUGCGCUUUUGCAAAAAGCGGCCCAAAUGGGGGCAACUGCUAGUAGCAGCAUUAAUUCCCCAAUGAUGCAAAAGAGUUUCGUAACAAGUGCAAUGGCUGGUCCAGAUACUAUAACAAGACCAACACCAUAUGUUGGUCCCUCUCCCUAUGAGAAUUUCCAAACACAAGCAGAUAAUAACAAUCAUCAUCAGCCAAAUUUCGCAGCAGUGAUGAGUGACAUGGGAAUUUACAGUGGUAUACUUAUGAACGAAAACAAUGGUGUAUUUGUCAAGAACGUUACGGAACAUGAUCACGAGAACAAUAAUACAAAUAAUAGCUCUACUGGAAGAAAUGUGAUGGGAAUGAGGAACCAGACAGUGUUAGGACAAAAUGGAAAUGACAUGUUGACAGUUGAUUUCUUAGGAGUUGGAGGAACUUCAAGGCCUCCUAUUAGUUUGCAUGAGCAACAACAGCAAAAAAGGAUGCAAGCUGCUGCUAUAAAUCCCUUCCAUCAACAGAAUGUUAAUUUGCAUGGAAAUGAAAAGCCUAUAUGGGAUGUUUGAUUUAGCACAAAUGUUACAGCAUAUGGAAAUCCAGUAUUACACCAAAUCAAUGAUGCUACAGUACGCUUUUAUACAUCAUUUAAUCAUAGUCAAAUGACACUCCCUCUGUCCCAUUUUAUGUGACACUAUUUUCUUUUUAGUUAGUU